AGCAGCAGCAGCAGCAAUCGGCUUCGCUGGACUGCAGAGAUUUCGGCUGACACACCUUCCAGAAAGAAGCCCGACCUCCCCAAGACUGCGCGGGAGGGACCCUGCGCCGGGCUUCCAAGUUGUCCCAAGAGCACUCCCUCCGUUCUCUUGGAGGUGAGGGCGACUUGGAGUCGUGGGAUCCUGGGAAGCCCGAACAGGCCGCUGCCUAGGCUCCCACCCGGGAGACCGCCAGCCCCACCCGGAGAGCGGGCCCUUCCCCACCCACCGCACCCCGCGCCCCUCGGCCGGGUGGCCAUGGCCGACAGCGGCGGCACGGGCAGCUCGGGGCCCUGGUGGAAAUCGCUGACCAACAGCAGGAAGAAAAGCAAGGAAGCAGUGGUGGGGACGCAGCCUCCCACGCAAGCUGCCCCGGGGGAGCCCGUGCCGCCCGCACCGCCCAGCCCCGACUGGACUAGCAGCUCCCGGGAGAAUCAGCACCCCAAUCUCCUCGGGGGGGCUGGCGACCCCCACAAGCCAGACAAGCUGUGCGGGGAGAAAUCGGGCAGCAGCCGCCGCAAUUUGAAGAUCUCGCGCUCGGGCCGCUUUAAAGAGAAGAGAAAAGUGCGCGCUACUCUGCUCCCCGAAGGAGUCAGGUCCCCGGAGGAGGCGGGCUUCCCGGGUGACCCGCAGGAGGACACGCAGUAGUCAGAGCGCUUCCGGGACUGUGUCUCUUCCCACCACUCCUCCCUACCCCCAGUUCUAAACCCCAGAGUUCUGGCUCACCCUAGUACCUGGUGUCUCAUCCUGCCAACUUCAGAGUAUUUCAAACAAGGCCUCCCCGAUUUUCUUUUUCCUGGAAAUCGACCGAGUUGUCAAUAUUUCAUGACUCAAGGAGGCACUGAGUAUUUCUCUGUGGUAAGAGAAGAUACCUGCUACAGAGGAAGUUGGUAUAAUUAUUUUUUCCCAAAAGUUCUCCAGUGACCUCCACCCCUUGGGCCACCUGGGGAGUGAGAAGGGUACUUCUCUGAGUUCGCAGCCCAACAGGGACUGCACAGCCCCUCAGAGGAGGAAGCCGGAAGCCCUGCUCUGAUUCAGGACUUGCUGUUGGAAAGCAAAUUAACGCCAGAGAAAUGCACUUUAGAUGUACUUCUUAGAUGUACUUCGGUAGACACAGACCUUACACGAAAGAGGGCAGGAAACCUUAGAUAGAAGCAUUUUAAGUAAGACAAGAUUGCUUUUAAUGUGGAACUACAAAACUGUACUGCCUAUUUUAGUGUGGACUAUUAAAAUUGUUACACUGUAAAACUUAA